ACUACAAUCUACAACUAUAAAUUUGAAACAGAGUCAAUUGGAACCAACGAAACCUGUGAUGUGACCCCAAGUAAAGGCACGAAAGGAGAAACUAAAUUUGAUAUUGUUUGCUCUUAUAACGUGGAGUCAAACUUCAUAUAUGAAUUUUAUGAUAAAACUUCCGAAGAAGCUGAUGAAAAAACUAUAUUUAAUGGAAGAAUGUUGGGGACUACGUAUCGAGGAGAGUUACAUGAAGUCAAACUAACAAGAGGCAACGUCUUUGUGUAUCUAAUAAAUAAUCAGAAUGGACUUUCACUCAGUAAACGUAUUUCCGUAACUCUAACUGAUUUGGAAAUGUCAGACUCUGAUUUGGAAGAGAGAUAUGACUCAAUAGAAGACAGUCUAUUGGCGGGGGAUAAUUUAAAGGGUCUACAGACUAUAUCUUACAUCGCGGACAUCAUACCUCCUGACAAGGAUAAGAGUGCGGUUUUAAACAGACUACUUGAAUACGUCACUCAGGUUUCAGUUACGACACUUUCGGAUGUGAAGAUGUGCACCUCAACAUUAACCAAUGUAUUAGUAGCUCUUAAUACACCCACUCAGUUGGAAUUGAGUCCAAAUAUGAUGAUGGACACUAUGGAAGUGAUCAAUACACAAGCAAAUAUGUUUCAGCGAUUUGUUUUUGAUAGAGUUAUUUCACAGUGGAUGUCUGCUGAAGAAAUUAGACAAGUGGCUUCAGUUAUACUUACAUGUCUUAAUGCUGGGUUAAUGUGCAAGGAUCCAAGAACAGAGAAUGUCCCACCAGAUGACUUUAAACUAAAACUUCUAAACGAGUUAAGAAGAGUAUCAAGAUUUGCAGAGGAAAUAAUAGAACUAACCAAAAAGGCAGUAAGCUACGUACAAAAUUCAGGGCAGCCACCUUCCAAAGUGGCAUCUAAGGGAGAUGAGACAGUUAUGUGGGCAAUGGAAGAUGACGACUCUUAUCCCAUGAAUGACAUUUUGACACAAAACACAGAUAUACCUGUAAACAUUUCCAAUGUUCUGUUCCGAAGCCUACAGAAACAAGCAACACCAGGAACAAACUUGGCACUUUUGGUUACACGCCUUACGGAUAACAUAUACUGGUGGCGUACGUCUGAUAUCAGAUCAGAUUUUAUAUCAAUUUCUCUUAACCAGCACUUUCAACAUAAAAUAGAUGCAAUAACAGAACUUACUACACCUCUGGACUUUAAAGUUAAAUUAAACAAAGACGUGGAGAGUGUUACAGUUACCGGCAUCACCACUCAGUUAGAUCCCAACAUGACUGAACUGGAUCUGGAACUAACACUAAACAUCCAUAGAAUCGACUGUCCUUCUAGAAGCCUUACGUCAAUUAAGUUUAACUUCCCUCCAACUAACUCUUCCUUGCGAGCAAGUAUAUUUAGUUGUACAUAA